UCCGCCACGCAGCCUCAUCCCCUGAAUUCUUCUGUCUCGGGGGAAUUGCUCUCUCUGUUUAACAAUCAAGAACAAUAACAAUAACGAUCAAGAGACUGCACCGGGCAGGUGUCAAGAUUCACUUCUUCCUUCAGCUUGUUUACAUCAGGCCUAAUUUUGUUGGGGACAGGAGGAGAAAUGUUCAGGAUCUCAGCAUCUUUCAAGAGGAUUUUCAAGCAGUUUGCAAUGAGUGACCCAUGGGCGUAGCUGCUCUUGGCUUGGAGGAGAGCUCAAGGACUGGUUACAGUUUCCGAUGAAACAUGGCGUGGUUGCCAUUUUCUCUCUACCUUCUGGGGACUGGGCUGUGUAGAGCUGCGUCCAAACGAGACCUGGUUUUAGAUCAGCCUCCAGUUGUCAGAGCCCUCAGAGGGGAGUCUGUGACUCUGGCCUGCUCCUGUGACAUCUGUAACUACCCUGACUUCCACUCCGAAUGGCGUUUCACCAGUGGAAACGGAGGCCCAGUCACCAUCCUGGCCGUGAAGACGGCCAUCAGUUCCAAACAGCUGGACCCAUGGCACAAGUUUUCUUUGACGCACCAGAGAAACUCAAGAUCUUUGCUGCUCAUUAAAAACCUGCAGAUAAACGACCAGGGAACCUACCUGUGUACAAUGAUUAAAAACGUGCCACCUCCUACGGUGAUCUUGAAAGGACCCGGGACUCAGCUUGAAGUCUAUGCUUUGCCCAAUGUCUGGCUCUUUUCUUCUCCCUGGGAAGCAGCUCUUCCCAUGGCCCAAGUGAGCUGUGCAGUGAGGGACUUUUAUCCACAAUCUCUGUACGCCACACUGAACGCCACGUGUGGGAUAGACGAGGCGCUGGCGGACAAUGCUUCAGCUGUAAUGACUGGUGAUGGGACCUUCAGCAUGACCCUGCAGGCCUGGGUGAAUAUGACCGACUGCCAGAAUGGGACGGAAGUGACCUGUUUGGUUAGACAGCUCACAGCUGAGACACGCAGAGUUCUCUGGAUACCCAGGGCAAAAAAUAAAGCUGCGUUGUUACCUGUGCCCAUCAUCCUCAUCAGAUUUAUUUUUGGAGGAGCUGUGGUUCUUUGCCUUAUUUUCCUGCUAGGCUGCUUCAUGAAAACAGGCCUGCCCGGACCAGCUGUGACACUGAAUUCCUUGUACACCGCUGUACAGCCCAUCGAUCCCCAGGCUGGAGGAGGUGGGCAGAUAUCACAGAACGGGAGUAGGCAGCUGCACAGCUGAGCAGGAGCUCACGGAGCGGGUCUCUGAACUGGUGCAGCAUAGCCACCACUCAACUACCACCGCGACUAAUUGGACCUCUGAGAUGGUUUGUGCUGGGACUAUGAGAUCUGAGCCUCAAGAAGCCUGGCCAGUUAUUACUUGGAACUAAGGGGUUGAGGACGGGCCAGAUUUUAAAGGUAUUUAGGCACCUGACUCCCAUUGAAAUCAAAUUCCUAAUGCAGUGAUCUGGCUCACUCGAUUUCUUGUAUGUAAAAUAUUUAUCUGUAGGGUUUUCAUGUUUCUUUUGACUUCCCUUUUCGCUAAAGCAAAAGAUCCAUCUGGUUCCAUAUUCCCAAGGCCCCCAAGUGCUGACGAGUGGAGAAGACCCACCUGCAACGUUGCUCUGCCAGGGUUUAUUUUAAUUUCCCAGAGCCAGAAAUAGGAGCCCAGCAUGAGCUGUCAUUCGGUGUAUUUUAGAGAAGGGCCCUUGGACAGGCUGAACCCAGCCCUUGUUGUGGCCCUUGGUACCUGGCAGGUAGGUUGCACAUAGGUUGGUUCUCCCGUCAGAUGUUAACGGCAAAGCAUUUCAUGCCGUUGUCCCUGUGCUUUGGUGGGUAGCUGGGAAAGCUGCCUGAUAGGGAUUUCCCAUCUUAUUUCUGAGAUGCAAAGUAUGCCAUACUAAAGGCCAAAUGCAGGUUGGGGGUGAGAGGCCCAGGCAGCUCCCAUGGGAUUGCACCUAUUGCUCUUUGAAUGUGGGCCUGCAAGCUUGGUUAUUUAAUUAGCUUUUGCAUUUGGCUGUAUUUGGAGCUGGUAAAUGUCUGCUUCUGUUGGCAGCAUUUGUUUUAAGUUAAUAAUCCCUUGCCGGCUCUUCCUUCCGAGGAUCUCAAAGUACUUUACAAAUACAAAUUUGAUUUCCCUACGUGAUGGUGAGCUACAGAUGGGGAAACUGAGGCAGUGCUGUUCAGUGUUGGCUGGUUUGUAGGACACCUGAACUCGAUGAGCAGCAAGGGAUGUUGUCACUAACACAAAGGACCAUUGCCAUCUUCCGGCAGGAGGUAGCCCAGCCAAGCACAAGCCAGUAUGUGGCAGUGUGAGUGUCUGAGUGUGAUGCUAAAAUGGGGGAGCUGCCAUAUUUCUAACUAGACUCAAAGAGCUGCAGUGAACCAGAGGGCUGCUAAUGCAGUCAUCCAGUGAGAUAGAGCGUGAGCAGAAAAUGCUCCCUCUAAACUCAGACGCGCAAGGCCUAUGUGACAACUGGAACAUCUGGGAGAAUUCAGCCUGGUUCCUGGUUAUACCAAAAGAUGAGACCUUGAGGGAGUCGGGGUCACCAGGCCUAUUCAAGGAGGAUUGAACCAAGACAAGCAAAAAGAGCAUGCGGGAACUGAGCCCCCAGGUGGCCUGCCAUUAACUUCUCAAGGCCACCAUGAGAGCAAAUCUUAGGACUAACUAAGUCAUUGCACCGUAAUGGUGCAGAGAUCUACUCAGCACAGCUGGGAAUGGGCACCAGAGAGCUGGUUCCAGAUUCCUGAGGCUAGGGCCCAAUCGGUGCAGGCCCUGGCAUGUGUUAGA